UCGACUAGUCGGGUGACGGAGGAGAUACCAAACUCAAUCCAUAUGUAGGUACAGUACCUAACUAUCUAUACACAUAUUAUGUUGUCUAGUUACAGGGUGUUCCAGGAAUCUCGAAGAAAAGAAUCAAACUUGCUCUCUCAAAAGACACACUUAAAUUUCGAGAAAUGGUUACCAAAUGUAUUAAAUAGUGUCCCUAACGACGACGCUACUUCAAAAAUGAUGGAGACUGUUAAAAAGAUUACAGAACAUAGUGCAAAUGAUAAGCGGAAACUCAGUGGAAUAUUCACAAUAUUUGCAUAUGAAACUCUAAUAAAACCUGAAACUCACACAGAAAAGACAUCCAAGGAGAUUAAAACUUUAGCUUGGAGUGUUGAGUUGGUCCAUUCAUAUUCCAAGAUUUUAGAAGACAUAGAAAUGUAUGGACUUAGGAAUCAAGGUAACUCUUGUUGGCACGCCUACGAUGCUAGUUUAUGUAGAAGCUGCAUAUAUGAAGUCAUCAAAGCUAAUUUUGCGGACAAAUUGUAUGUGGAUUUCGUACCACUUUUCGAUAAGGCAUUUCUGAAUAUUGCGUAUGGACAAUAUUUAGACCGUGCGAGUAUGAAAAGCAAAACAUACAACCACUUUAAUAUGGAGCAAUACAAUAGAAUCAUCGAGUACAAGACCACAUUUCAUUGCUUCAAAUUGCCUAUACUUCUGAGCAUGAGAAUGCUUAAUAUGGACGACAAAUUCUCACACCAGCAAGUGACCAAUAUAUGCUCGGAUUUAGGAAGACUGUAUCAAAUACAGGCGGACUUUCUAGACGUCUACGGCGAAGAGUACGACGAUUUGGGAAUACCUAACUUCAGUGGGGACAUUCGCCAAGGCAAGUUCUGUUGGCCCGCAGUCGCCGCGUUGCAGCGGUUCACUCCAGCACAACGUGUGGUGUUCACUUCUUGCUACGGAAGCAGCCAACCGGCACACAUUGAACGUGUGAAGUUUCUAUACGAUCAAAUAGGCCUUCCGAAAAUAUACAAAGAAGAAAAGACAAAGAUUACAGAAACAAUUUUGAGCAAAUGCAAGAAGGAGAGAUUGAGUGGGACUGCAUUGUCACCGAAAUUGUUUUUAGAUGUUCUUGAUGCGAUUAAUCAAAAAUAA